AUGAGCGCUGAUCUGGAGCGCGUUUCGCUCAACACAUCCCUGAAUCCUACCGGCCCGGGCGGCCGUGCGCUCUCGGCAAACGUCCGGAGGCUCCACAACGCUCUCAACCUGCUGCUUAAUGACCUGGAGAGAGAGCAGUUCAUCCACUGCCUCAAUGUGUACCACGCCAAGCGUAACGUCUUCGACCUGGUCCAAACUCUCAAAGUGAUUCUCAACACUCCUGGUAAACGACAGCUGCUGCCCAUGCUGCGUCUGGUCAUCCCGCGCUCCGAUCAGCUGUUGUUCGAUCAGUACACGUCUGAAGGACUCUACCUGAAGACAGAUCUGAUCCCCAGCAACGGCACCGCGGAGGGCUUUGGAGACGAGGCCGAUUCAACUCUGCAAAAAUAUGUCAGCUCCAUCCACGAGCCGCCCCUCCUCGCCUCGGCUUGUCCGGACACUUUCAGCGGCGCAGACGAGCAGUCGGUUGCUAUGGCGGCUCAGUACUUCGAGAACCCAUUUGGAGAGAUGCGUAAAGUCACCCUGACGCGCUCAAGGAGCCACGAGGGUCUGGGUUUCAGCAUCCGCGGGGGGUCGGAGCACGGAGUGGGGAUCUACGUGUCCCUAGUGGAGCCGGGCUCAUCGGCUGAGAGAGAAGGACUGAGGGUCGGGGACCAGAUAGUGACCGUUAACGAGCAGAUAUUUGACAAUGUCACUCACAUAGAGGCGGUGAAGGUGCUGAAGGGAUGCAAGAAGCUGGCCAUGUCCGUGUGCUCUAUGGGCCGGAUCCCUGGAGGAUACAUCACCAACCACGUGUACAGCUGGGUGGACCCUCAGGGCCGGAGCGUCUCCCCGCCACCUGACAACCAGGAUGCCAACCAGAGGCAAGGGCACGGCAUGGAGGAGAGGACGGUCAAGCUGAAUAUGGACGAUGGUCGUUCUCUGGGCCUAAUGAUCCGGGGAGGUGCUGAGUAUGGACUUGGGAUCUACAUCACUGGAGUGGACCCUGGAUCUGCAGCAGACGCCGGUGCACUUAAGGUGGGUGACCAGAUCCUGGAAGUGAACGGUCAGAGCUUUGUCACCAUCUCCCACGAUGAGGCGGUUCACAUCCUCAAAACGGGGCACCACCUGCUGAUGAGAGUGAGGGAUGUGGGUCGUCUCCCUCAUGCACGCACAGUGGUGGAUGAGACCAAAUGGAUCAGCAGUCAGGCCAUAGCUGAGACCAACGCUACAGCCAACCCAAGUUCAGUCACCAACCCUGCUGUCAAUGCCAGCAUCCACCCUAGUGUCAGUGUCUGCAAUUCAAGACCAUCUUCUGCAAGAGCCACGCCUGUAUUGGGAAAGCCAGCGGUUUACAGAGGUGUCGGCCCACCUGGAGCACAGGUGUCUCUGGAGCAACAGGCCUACAUGCUGCUGACGGAGCUAGAGAGACAGACGAUGGCUUACUACCUGCUGGAGUACCAGGAGGGACACAUAGGGGUGGAGCCUCUGGCCAUGGCACUAUUUGAGCUCUUCAACACACACGCAAAGCUGUCCAUGCUGUCUGAGGUGAGGAGUCUGGUGGCUCCCCAGGACCUUGAAUUGUAUGACCGGCUGGUGCUGCACCGUGAGAGGGAGGCCCACCAGACCUGGCAUGGAGGCCUGGGAGUUCUGCAUCCACAGGGCCACUGCCUCCAUGCGUCCCCUGUGGUCCAUGAUACUGGACACACCACCCCUGCUAUGGCUGACGGCUCUGUUGGUAGCUGGACAGAAAAAGACCAGGAGGGGAUCACUAAUGCCUUACAAAACAUCACACUGGGUGAACUGCAGGCUGCGGCUCAGUCUCCUCCACCGUUCAGGUCAGUUCUCCAGGCACAGAGCAGACCGUCCAGGGAGAAGGAGCAGAACCGGAAGCCUUCAGCCCGGCUGGUGCAGCCCAGCUCCGGCCUGCUCUUCACCGGUCCCACCCGGCUCCUCCAGGACUGCCUCCACAAGUCGCUCAAAUCCCUCCCCUCCAUCCAUCAGCCCUCCCAGGCCUCAGCCCACCACACUUGCGCUGGCCACCACACUUCCCUCAACUCUCUCCAUCACACCUGCCGCAGUUCCAUCCAGCUCUCCGACUCUGAACCCCACCCCCAUGUUGCUCAUCACCUCCACCACCACCACAACCGACCCAGUUCAGGGCACCACACCUGCCCGGGCUUCCUGCACCAUCGGGACUCCUCCAGCUCGGCUAAACCGGAAGCGUCUGCGAAGCUCUCUUCUAGAUCAUCCUCCUACGAGAAAACGGCUAUCUUGUCGAAAUCUGCAUCCUCUUCCAAAGCUGCCUCACCCAUGCCCUCCCCUCAUCCAUCACCACAUCCCUCACCAUGCCCCUCCCCGUGCCCCUCUCUCAUCACACCCGCUGCUCCGCCGUGUAGUCCUGACCGACCCUGCUCACCUGCUCUCGCCCAGAGAGCCGUCAUUACAGAUGUGAACCGGCUGUCUGCAGACACCAGACCACAGCAAAGAGGGGCCACUCUGUCCCAGCUGUCAGACAGUGGCCAGACUCUGAGUGAGGACAGCGGGGUGGAUAUAGCCGAGGCGGGAGGCCUCAGUAAGGAUGGCAGCCCUCGACCCAACAAGAACCAACAGGGCCAUCCAGAGCAGCAAGGCACCCACGCACCUCCUCCAGGGGCCACCACCAGACGGACUGGCUCACCGGUCCCUGCACCCAUUGCUACACUGGUUCGAGUCAUGAAAAAUGCCAACACCCUUGGUAUCGCUAUAGAGGGAGGAGCCAACACACGCCAGCCUCUGCCACGCAUUGUGACUAUACAGAAAGGAGGCUCAGCUCAUAACUGCGGCCAGCUGAAGGUGGGUCAGGUCAUCCUGGAGGUUAAUGGCAUCUCCCUGAGAGGUCGGGAGCACAAGGACGUCGCCCGGAUCAUUGCAGAGGCCUUCAAGACCAAAGAAAAGGACCACAUUGACUUCCUGGUGGUUGAACCAGGACUCUAG